AUGCUCCUCCCUCCUGUCUACAGGAUACUCGCUGCGGUCCUCCCAUUAGUCGCCCUGUGUACAGCGAGCGCAGAUAACACCAGUGAUACUUCGGACUCUUCUCUCUGGAAUGCUAUUCCUGACUGCGCCAAGACGUGCGUCAGUAAUUUCAUUGAGGGCCAGUACACCUCCGAUGAAUGCGCCUCUGCGUCAGACAUCAAGUGCCUCUGUCGGACUAAAACGGUCAUCGGGCUUACACUGGGAGAGGCAGCGUUGAGCUGUCUAUAUGCUCUCUGUUCGCAAAAGGAUAUUUCCAGCAAGGCAUCGAGUGUUUACCGUGUGUGUGACUCGGUGUCUGGUGCUAUCCCCGAAACACAUGCUACGAUCACCGCCACAACGUUCGAUCCCCCGAGCUCGACGACCACGACGGCGGGUGCAACUACAAGUGUCAGUACAACAUCUCAAAGUACUUCGCAUACCGCACUGGGUACAUCGACAACGACAUCCACAAGUCCAACGACAACCACCUCUCCGAUUAUUACUUUCCAACCGACAUCAGACUCAGGAGUGGUCUCUACAACCACCAGCGCUGAUCUCUCCUCGACCACUCCCACCAGCACCGCUACAUCAUCUGUGUCAAAUGACGGCAGUGCAAAGCACAAUGUCAGUGCAGGCACGGUCAUUGGUGUCUCGGUUGCAUCCGGGGUGGCUGGUACCUUCAUCAUUGGAGUGGCUGUAUUCUUCUGCUGCAAACGAUGGCGGAAGAACCGUACAACAGCUCCAGAUUCAGACCAAGACUUCUUCGAGAUUGGAGGCACAAUGUCUGAGCCUCCCGGAUUUUCGCAGCCACCCUCGCGGCGUUCAUCACCAGCUCCAGGACCAAAUCCGACAGGACCGUCGUCAUUCAGCCACGCCGGAGGCCAUCAAGAAGCGUCAGAGCUACCUUGUACUCACACGCCAACUUCGCAACUUCCACCACCUACCGCCAUCAUAAGGUAUUUUUCAAGUACAGAGAAGCUGCGAGAACAAGAACAAGUCGGACUUGCUGUCAGCUCCGAAGACGACUGGGAGACUUCACCAAGGAGGACAUUAUCCUCGCAGAACACGCUCGCAGAGCUAAUUCCCACUCAAAGCACUGGGCUCUACCCCAAGCCACUGAAAUGGUGCCAUCGCCCCAUCAGCGGAGAUACCCUCUUCGAAGAAGACGAAUUUCAACAAGCUGCCUUAGAGAAGCGACCAAACGGCUUUCAAAGAUCCGAAUCCCCAAACGUGAUGACAGGACUGCCGGCCAACCCUCGCGCUCUUAAGAACGGCUUCCCAGCCCAGAAGUUCCUGCGCACUUCAGCUCUCCAGCGACCAACCCCGAGUCAAACUCCCAUCCCACCAUCAGCACAAGCUUUCCACCAAGGAACCCUCACCCCAGGCUUCUCCACAACCGCUCUCCGCAGCUCCCCGCUCUCAAACUCCGACAACACUCCGCAUAACAGUUCCGGUUCUUCCCACCGCAAUUCUGCAAACACCCAUCUCACAACGCCGUUUAGCACCGGGCAAGGCUGCAACGUAAGCGGCAUGUCACUCGGCACACCAAAUUCAGCUUCAGCGCCAGCUCCAGUUCCCAGACCAGGACCAGGGCCAGGCCCGUCUACACGAGUCCCGCCGUCCCAUGGCCUCGGCCUCGGCCCUGCAGCGGAAAUUGUAUCGCGGCCGCGCGUAGUCCGCGGAGACGACAUCAAGCGCGUACAGAUCCGCAGCAGUCCGCGCCCACCCAAUGAAGUCGCCACACCAUAUUGUCCCGAGGACUUCUGGCUCGAGCGAGGCCGUCAACGCCCCCCGGCGCCAAACCCGUCUGUGGGACUUCCAUAUCCAUCAGAAGCUUCUCCAGGUACGGUGUUGUAUCCGCGAAGCCCCAAGAAACGGCCGCAGGGUGCCGAGACGCAGAGAUGGUCGGCGACAGGCCCGAAUUUGACGCCUUCGAAGAGAGGGCAGGAUUUGAUCUUAAGGGUUGAUUGA